AUAAUAAUAAUAAUAAUAACUAAAUAAAGCAAAAAGUCCUGGGUUACUUGUCCAACGUCGGAGAGCGGACUGAAGCAAAACCAUUUCACUUUCCUUUGCAACGAAGUCAAGAGUCCAGACAAGCCGUAGUAAGCCACUCCACACAUAAAACGACGAAAUCUUCCGGCGCUUCUUUCUCUCUUUCUCUCUCUCUCUCUCCAUCUCCGGUGGGCCCCACCAGGGGGGACCCGCCGACCGAGCUCGCCCUUCACCUGCUGCUGCUGCUGCUGCUGCUCGGCUGCGACUUAGGAAUGACAAAUCAAAACCACUCCCACCUGACCGAACAACUCUUCCUUGACAUGCUCGUCAACGACCAUACCAUGCUUUCAUCGCCUUAGGGCUUGCAUUUCCAAAGCCUUCCCACUUCGACGACGACGUUUUCACCUCCUCUUGAUGGAUAACCAAUCUGGUCACGAAUUUGAUUCAGAUGAAAGUGACCUUGAUAUUCAAGCUGAAACUUUUAAAAAACAUGAAGAGAUAGAUGAUCCACUUUCACAAAACUUAGGCUUGUGUAUAGGUGAUGGUGAGAAGGCAGCAGAACAAUCCAUUGGAAAUUUGGCUAUGAAUGCAGAAACUUUAGAACCAUAUAUAGGCAUGGAGUUCAAUUCUAGAGAUGAAGCCAGAGAAUUUUAUGUUGCGUAUGGUAGGCGCACAGGUUUUACUGUACGUAUACAUCAUAAUCGCCGUUCACGAGUAAAUAAUCAGGUCAUUGGUCAAGAUUUUGUUUGUUCUAAAGAAGGAUUUCGUGCAAAGAAGUAUGUAUACCGUAAAGACCGUGUUCUUCCUCCUCCACCAAUUACCCGUGAGGGCUGUCAGGCAAUGAUCCGGCUAGCCUUAAGAGAUGGAAUGAAGUGGGUUGUUACAAAAUUUGUGAAAGAGCACAAUCAUAAAUUAAUGAGUCCCAGUAAAGUUCCAUGGCGGGGAUCUGGAAAACACUUAGUCAGUGAGGAUGAGAAGGAUAAGAGAAUCCGAGAACUAUCUCUUGAGUUGUACAAUGAGAGGCAAAAAUGUAAGCGACGCUGUGCUGCAUACGAAGAACAAUUAAAUGCGAUUUUGAAAGACUUGGAAAAACACACUGACCACAUAUCAAACAAAGUUGCUGACAUAGUCCAAAGCAUAAAAACUAUCGAAGAGGAACAGUCAGAAGACUCGGAUAGCGGAUGGAGUUAACAGUAUUUGCUUUUAUUGCCUUUUUAAGGGAUGGGUUUAGUUAGUUCAUUUUAGUGGUUUUUAGGAGCUUGGUAGUACACUUGCUGGAUUCACCUGUGAUUUGGAUUUAAAUAUCAAAUGAGGUGAUAAGAAUUAAAGCCCUCAAAGUUGAUAUUUCUUGGUGAGGCGUCUAAAGCAGAUGUUUGUUGUUUUCUUGUGAGUUGUUUUUCCUCCUAAGAGGUUUUCUGUACCAAUUAGGUGUUUUAUUCUCCUCUUGGCAAUAUCAAAAUGUCACUUGUAGAAUAAUGGCCAAAAAAUAUAGUUAGUUAACCUGUUGAAUUAGACCCCCUUUUUCACCCCCUAGAUGUGUUCAGUCAUGUUUGCAACAUUAUGCUUUCAGAUUGUAAAUGUUUGAAGUGAAUUUUUUUUCGCUUUCAUGCUAUAUUUUGUUGACCUUUUGUUCUUU